GUGCAGGUCGGAUCAAAGAGCAAAAUCAAUAAGAAAACUGAACAACAAGAUCUGCACAGUCUUCUCAUUUACAGAUUGCUACUGGCACUUCACAAACACCAAGCCGUUCAGCUUUCCGUUUACGGUUUAAUUUUUGUUGUAUGUACGUGGCAACUCUUUCUGUCUGUUGCGAUUGCUAAAACCAAACCAGAAUUGUUUGUUCGAAUUCUUGUCUAUUCUGCUCUGCCCAUAGUUAUGUGGUUCAUAAUCAGGUCUGUCACUCUCACAAGACUGUGCACUGACAAACUCAACUGUGAGCAACAUCAUAUUCACAGUGUUGUAGUCAAUUUGGAUGAAGAUGUUUAUCUCCUCGAUAAAAUUUCUGUCUGUCAACUGUGGGUUAUGGCUCUUACGUCAAUCACUGUCUUUGCUCACUACUUUUUGAUGAAUCUUAAGAUGGAUGAAGUCAGUGUCUUGAAGGUUAUUAAUUCGCCGGGAAAUGUUUAUUGGUUGCUAGAGUGGCUCUCAUUGUCUAUUCUCUUGGGAGAAAGUCAGCUGCUUCUUCAUUUGCUGCAUAUGGAAGCUACAUAUACUACCAAAAAUUUCUGCUCGACGUUUUGGCAUAGGAGGUGGGGUAGUCUGGGAAUGUCAGUGACUGUUGUGCUUUGUGUGUUGCUCCUAAGUAACAUUCUAAGGCUAUUGGCAACACUCCAUUUGGUGGUGGACUCCUGGUGGACACCGAACAGUGUGGUUAUUGUAAAUAACUCCUACACUUGGCUAUAUGCAUUUGUGGCAUUUCUAGCCACUUACACUGCUAACAGGUUUCUCAUUCCAGGACAAGUUCUGCUGCUUUCUGCAGUAUGGGCCAUUAUGACAAUGGGAUGGGUUGGAUAUCUGAAACCUGCUUCUGACUUGGCAGUUACUGCAUGGUGUGUGCUUGCAUCUUGCUACGAUACAAAUUCCAAGAUUAAAGUUGUCAACAAGGUCGUCUGUGUCGUCCCUUGUUUACUUCAGGUCACAAUUGGAAUUCAUUUGGUUACGGAAGUUAUAAAUUAUAUUGCAAUAUUCACUGGAAGCAGCAAGACAUGAAUGGCAA